AUGCCUUGGGCUGGAAUUGGAAAGGUUGAUCGCAAGUACGACGGCACGAAUCUGAGGGUCGGAAUUGUCCAUGCCCGCUGGAACAGCGAGGUUAUCGAGGCUCUCGUCAACGGUGCCCUUGACAAGCUCAAAGAGCUUGGAGUAAAGGAACAUAACAUCAUUAUCGAGUCUGUUCCCGGUAGCUUUGAACUGCCGACCGGUGUCCGCAUGCUUGCAAACAAGGUUGAUGUCGUGAUUGCUAUCGGCGUUUUGAUUAAGGGCUCGACCAUGCACUUUGAAUACAUCUCUGAAGCCGUCAGCCACGAGCUCAUGAAGGUUCAGCGUUUCAUGAGAAAGCCUCUCAUUUUCGGUCUGCUUACUUGCUUGACUGACGAGCAGGCUCAGGCUCGUGCUGGUUUAACUUCUGAUGGCCAUAAUCAUGGUAGCGACUGGGGUGCUGCUGCUGUCGAAAUGGCUGUCAAGGUCGAAGAGCAUCCUACUUUGUGGUAA